GACUUAUUUUUAGAUAAGUUGCUCCUUUUUCCAGCAACCUGACUGAUAGAAUGCUUAAUGGCAAAUGUUCCUGUUCCUUUCCUGCAAGUGUGGCUUCUGAAUAGCCAUUGUUUACUUUUCACGUUUUAAACUCAAUUGGAGAUUAGAAACAAGUGAAGGAGGAACAUUUACUGGCUGCACGUCUCACAAUGAGGUUUAUCAGCAAUAGAUGUUUAGAGACUGCUGUUCAAUCUCUUUGACCAAGUUUGCUGGCUUCCUCCUGCUGCCCAGCCCUUGCAAGGAGAGGCACAGUAAGAAUCUGCAUGCGGUGGUUGGUGCUGCCUGCCUUCGUUUCUUUCUGGUGGUGCUGGUGAUGCAGGUACACCUGUUUUAGUCAAAACAACACUUGAGGACGAGAGCAAGAGGUGUGUCCUUUUCAGGCAGUGAUUGCCUCCUUGCUAAGUGGUUUUAAGGUGUUCUGGUACCCGCUGCAUUGUUCUGGUGGAGCCCCCGCGUAUAACGCUGGUGAGCAGAGCACUGCUUGUUCCUGGGAUAACUGCGUUGGUUAACAUUAAUGAAGCCAGGAGUGCCAGAGUCUGUCCCUGUGAGCAGCUGAAAGCAAGGAGAAGGGAGCCCUGUCCCAGCAGACUGCAGCAGACCAGCGGACGGCAAGGGAAGAAAAGAAGCUGUGCACGGAGUAGUAGGGCCCAGUGACGAGAGGCAAACAUGGCCCAACCGCCCGCUGACCCCAGCAGUGUGGAAGCUGCAGAUCCUGAGGAGAGCUCCCCAAACAUGAUCGUCUACAGGAAGAUUGAAGACAUCAUUACAAGAAUGCAGGAUGACAAAACUGGUGGAGUCCCCAUCCGAACUGUCAAGAGCUUUCUGUCUAAAAUCCCCAGUGUCGUUACCGGUGCUGAUAUUGUGCAGUGGCUUAUGAAGAACCUCAGCAUUGAGGAUCAAGGGGAAGCAAUACACUUGGGAAGUCUUAUUGCUGCACAGGGUUAUGUGUUUCCAAUCUCAGACCAUGUCCUUACCCUGAAAGAUGAUGGGACGUUCUAUCGCUUUCAGGCACCAUACUUUUGGCCUUCAAACUGCUGGGAGCCAGAAAACACAGAUUAUGCCAUCUAUCUUUGCAAACGGACCAUGCAGAACAAAGCUAGGCUGGAGCUGGCCGAUUAUGAAGCCGAAAACUUAGCAAGACUUCAGAGAGCGUUUGCAAGGAAAUGGGAAUUCAUCUUCAUGCAAGCUGAGGCGCAAGUGAAAAUUGACAGGAAAAAGGACAAAACAGAAAGGAAAAUUUUGGACAGCCAGGAGAGAGCAUUCUGGGAUGUGCACAGGCCUGUGCCAGGCUGUGUGAACACCACAGAAAUGGACAUUAGAAAGUGUCGUCGUAUGAAAAACCCACAGAAGGUGAAAAAGUCAGUGUAUGGGGUUACAGAGGAAUCUCAGCCCCAAAGCCCUGUUCAUGUGCCCUCCCAGCCCAUACGCAAAGCUACAAAAGAGGAUUUCCGGAAACAAAUAACUUUUCUGAACCUGCAGAUAGACAGGCAUUGUUUAAAGAUGUCCAAAGUAGCAGAAAGUUUAAUAGCGUACACAGAGCAGUAUGUGGAAUAUGACCCUUUUAUCACUCCUGCUGAGCCUUCUAACCCCUGGAUAAGUGAUGAUGCAGCUUUGUGGGACAUUGAAAUGAGCAAAGAACCUAGUCAGCAGCGUGUGAAAAGAUGGGGCUUCUCCAUGGAUGAGGUGCUGAAGGACCCAGUAGGACGUGACCAAUUCCUUCGUUUCCUGGAAUCAGAAUUCAGCUCAGAAAACCUCAGAUUUUGGUUGGCUGUCCAAGAUCUCAAAAAACAACCUCUACAGGACGUGACCACCAGAGUGGAGGAAAUCUGGCAAGAGUUUCUAGCUCCUGGGGCCCAGAGUGCUAUCAACCUGGAUUCCCACAGCUAUGAGAAAACAAGCCAAAACGUCAAAGACCCAGGGAGAUACACAUAUGAAGAUGCACAGGAGCACAUUUACAAGCUGAUGAAGAGUGACAGCUAUGCGCGCUUCCUCCGUUCAAAUGCUUACCAGGACUUAUUGCUGGCAAAGAAGAAGCCAGAGAAUGAGCAAGGUCGUAGAACUUCUCUAGAAAAGUUCACUCGCAGCAUGGUAAGUUCUUUUUCUUCUCCCUCCUCCCUUUCUUCAGAACUCCAUUUUUCAUUGGGGGGAAUGCGGAUGUUUAUCUUUUUAUUUCAACUUUAUGUUUGCAGAUAGCAUCUUUACAGCUUCUCUUUUAGUACCGUAGCUCAUCUAAACAGCAGCUCUGAAAACGGGGUGGGUGGGGAGCAGAAUUCCAUCGCAGCGCUCAUUCCAGCUAAUCAUCACUGUAAAAGCAAACUGAUUUGUGUCCAGAAUUAAACGGAUGGAUGUCUUUUUGCUGUGUGCCCACUACAGAAUGUGUUCUGGCUUUUCCUUGUGCAAAGAAUCAGAAAAGCAUGAUUCUAGUAGAACCCACCAUUUCAGCUGUAUCCAUACUGACCUCCAUGCAUGAUUUGUGCUGCCAUAUGUAUAUAUAUAUAUACGUAGCCAUCCACUACACUGCAGCUGCUCCCUCUGUUGCCCCUGUGUGUCAGUACUCAUGUAAGUAGUGAUGGAUGGUACCCUCUGACUUGCUCAUAGUACUAUCACCUGAAAAGGAGUGCAGUAACAGCAAGAAACAUGACACUUUUAAACCUCUCAGAUAAUGGGAUGGUGAGACCUCAAGGGCAGUGGGCAGAGGUCUUCUCCUCUCAUCCUUCACCAAUCCCUGAUCUUCAGCUACUUGGGCCCUAAAGAUUUUCCAGAGAAAGAGGGCAAUUCUUGGCUUUCUUCUUCUCCCAGUGUUGUGCAUGUAUCCUGGGGUGCCCCCCUCUUGCAGUAGCACAGCUGGCUUGGUGGGAAGGGCUGGCAGAGGCAGGGGAAGUGUGCAGGAUGGGAUCAGCAGUGUUCAUGGGGCAGCAGGGAGCUAGCACUGAAGGUAUAUCAACAAGUUGUUCUGGUGUUGUUUAGUAUCAAGUAUGUUUUGACUUGAUAUGCCGUACAGUUUUGGCAUACCGCUGUGAUAUUCAGCUUUAUAACAAAGAUGUUGGACUGUGUAUAUACAGUACAUAUGCUUUUACUUGUGUGUUUGUGUACAUUAAUAUAUAUGCAUGCUAUAUAUGUACACACACUGUAUAAAUAUGAAACAUUUGUACAUCCAGAUAGAAAAGAGGAAACUGCAGGUAAGUGUGAGCUAUCAUACAGCAAAUAAACCUGGAGGGGUUCUUUCUGAACAAACUAAAUGCAGAGCUUUGUAGUAUAUGUCUGGCAGGCUUCCUGAGGAAUGUAUUUAUAUAGUUAAUGCAUAUGCACACAUUUGAAGCAUGUUGAUACAAAAUAUAUCACUGUGCCCAUCUGCAUAUUUACUACUUUGUAAGAGUUUGCCAGAAAGAGGAACAGGCGAGAUUUUUUUAUUUAUUUAUUUAUUUUAAAUAAACUAUGCCGAUAUAUUUACACUGAGUAGCAAAUUCUACUCCCAGAUGCACCAUUCAAGCUUUGAGGAGUCCUCAAAAGUACAUGGGCAGCACAGCAGUAGGGCAGACAUAGCAGUCCGUGUCCAGUUCAGCCUUAUGCUUGGCUCCUGGCUCUGGAGGCAGAGGUGCAAAGCUGGACUGGCUCUUCUGCGUGCGCCAAGGGACGCGGUCGGCCUCGGGGAGCCGCACUCGCUCUGGGCAACGCAUUGCAGAUCUGACAGUCUGUUGCACCAGAGCACUUACUAAUCCACCUCAUUUAAAAAAUGAUGGCCCUGCACACGGUGGCAGGUUUAUCUUAUUACAAUUUUCCUUUCGAAUAUAGCAAGGAUUGACAUUAUGAAAGCAGAGUUAGCCUGUCUUCUUGCCCAAGUGAAGAUAAAUGACAUCAUAAAAAUCAGACAUCAUGUAUCAUAUAUGUUAUAAAUAAUACUUGUUACUGAGGUAAUAACUUAAUUUUAAAGACAUACACACACACAAAUCCAUAUAUCUACAUCUCUCUCUUCUGUCAUAUCUGAUCAUCUUACUAAUUAAAAGGAGCCUGCUAUACUAUUUUUAGCUAUGCAGUCUCAGCCUAGCUGUUUAAACCACAGUAGUUUCCCAUCUGCUUUAGAAAUGAUUUAAUAAUCAGACAGAAGCUUAGUUCUUGUAAGCUGAGAUGAUCCUUCAGGGCCAAGAGUGGAAGGAGAAUAUAUUUUAAUGAGUACAUUUAGGGAAACCACUGGUGUUGUUGUCUCAUAGAGGAAGCUACCAAGUUUCUUCCUAACUUGUGCUGGUGGCCAUUUAAUGGAAGGGGAAACAAGAGUGUUUGUUUUUAUUUUUCUUUGUUGCACCUUGCAGCAUCCUGGGUUCUCUCUCCAAAGCAGCAGUGGUUGCUCAGCAAUAACAGGGAUUAUGGGGAUACUGGCCUCAGCAGGUAACUUCAAGUGAUAAACCUGGGCUGUGAUAUUCUGACUUGAUUUUGAACUUUUAAAAAUCACACUAUUCCAAGGAAGGAAUUAUCUCUCUUAAGUAAACUGGUGUUAAAUUUUCUAACUCAGUAUUGAGGCACUGACCUAGUAUUGAGCACAUCUCUACACUUUAUUCCCAGCUGGCACUUGUUUGUGAAGGCACGCACAGGGCUUUUGAGAGUGCCAGAGUUCAAUUUCUGUGCUUUAAGAAUGUUGCCAGAUAUUGGAUAUAGCGUUUGUUUGGAAUUGUCAUAACUUCUGUCUGAAUCAUUUGACAUCUCAUGCUGUUAGUUGUUGUGUUCCUGGGCCGAGAAAGCUCUGGUCCUGAAUAAGAUGAAAAAGUUCCUGCUUUGCUCUUCCAUCAAUGGAAUAUGAGAGAAGAGUGAUAGGACCUGGCAGCUCCCAGGUGAAGCAGCUGCCAUGGGGAGCCAAAAAUGCAAAUGCAAAGACUUUUGGCUACAUAUUGGAGUCUAUGGGAUAUCUCUUACCUGUGUUUUCUUUGCCCUACGUCCUUCCUCAAGUAGUAGUUGGCCACUGCAGCAUAUGCUCUGGCAUGAUUUGUAGAGGCACAUCAUAGCUGCUUGCAACCUAUGUUUGGAUAUGGUAAACUACAGCUUGUAUUUUAUCUUUCAUUGUUACAGUUUGUAAGAAGUGAAAUAUUUAAUAGGAAAAGGAGCCCUCCUGGUAACUUUUAGGGGAAAUGCAAGUAUGCAGUGAGACUAAGAGACUCCGGAAAUUUACUUUAAAUUUAGAGUAGUAGAAGAUAUCAGGUACAGAAGAGAGAUGCACUGUGAAAUGUAUCCAAGGAAUUGGGGAAUAUUUCCAAGUGGUAAAUUAAACACAUUGCAGAAAGAAUGAGGUGAAAGAGAAGGUGGUCUGUGUUUGGUUUACAUGAGGAUUGGGCUGUAGGUUAAGAAUAGAAGAAUAGAACUUCUCUAAUGAGCUUUCAUUUAAAGAACCUUAGACAUUAUGAAUGGAGCAUCUUGUACAGGACAGCAAGUCAAUGAAGACCAAGGAUUGUUUCCUUUCUCAGUCAUAUGUGAAUAACUGAAUUGACAGAAGGGCUCAGCUUUAUUAGCUGUAUGAGACAGAACUGCAGGAGGCAGCAGGCAGGGGCUGGUCAGCAGGAGCUGCUUCAAGUCUAUGAGGUAGCAGCAGUUGGUGUUUGCAUUCUCAUCCAGGAGCCUUGCAGACAGAGUCUCACAUGUAAUUCCUUCGUGUCUGUAAAGCCAGUGUCCUUCCAUGGUUUCUUAUGGAAGGGUGAGUUUUCUAAGAAUAUUACUGGAGAGCCUAUACUUUAUAUUUGUUUUAUAUAAUUUCUGCCUGAUGUCUGAAGUGCACUCCUUCUUGCAGUGAUUCAAACAGUAUUCUCAGAGUAGCACUUCCUCUACUUUAGUUUUCUGGUACGUCUUAGUGAUUUCAUGCUGAACUGUCCUUGGCUCAGGCCUGUAUGUUUAUCCCAAUUCAGUGUGGUGAAGCUACUGUUCUCUGCAAAACCUCAAGUCCCAUGCUUCGUCCAUGUUUAUCUAUUCCCUUGCAUUAUGCAGCUACAAUAGCCUCGUUGUCUAUCCUGCCUAUGUGGCUGUCCCCUCCCAGAUGCUUUCAGCAGUAUUCUCCUCCAGCUAUGUCUUGUUACCCCUUCUCUCACUUUCCUAUAUUCCCAACCCUUGACUGCAUCCCUUGGCCACUGUUACUGGCCCUUGCUGUUCAGAAUUGCAUGUCCUCUUGUUUUGUCUGCUGUUGGAUCAAAGUCCGAGUCACACUCUGACUCUCCCGGUCCUUAUUCCUAAUUCAUGAGUAUGAAGUCACGCACGUAAAAUGUAUCAGGAGGGUCUUACCUUCCUCAGGUGAACUGUAUAUUUUGUGCAGUUGUAUGUCACCAUGAUGUGUUACAAAUACUAACCAUGAACACAGUUCACGGGGUAGGACUGUAGGAGGAAUUGCUGCCUGAUAUCAUCAUUUCUCUCUUUUCAGCUGGCUCCUUGAUAAUGUCAUAGAACUGUCAUAAACUUACCAGCUUUUCUACUUUUUUACUUUCACAGCUCUACUUAAUUGCAUAAAUAGAUAACUGCAUUUGAGGGAAUGGAAAGUAUUCAUGACCUGCAAUAUAAUAAAGCCAAAAGUUUAAGCCAUUAUGGCUAGAAAAUACAGUGAGACGAAGUGUGGAUAGUAGAAGGUGAUACCCUGAAAUGCUGAUGAAAUGGGUGUCAGGAACAGACAGUUAGAAGGGAAGGAUGUAGGAAUGGAUGCCAAAACUUCUUAGAUUUGGCACCAAGAAAAGCCAUCUGGAAAAAGGAUUAUUUUUAUCUUUGGAUGUUGUCUUACUUAAAAAGAAAAUUUGCUUGUUCCAGUACUCAAAUCAUUAACAAAUACUGUCUCUACUGGGAAAAGGUUCUUGCAUUCUAUAGAUGUGGGAAGCACCAGAACAUACGUAAAGCAUGAGGGGACCCAGUGCGCACUGACAACUUGCCUGUUAUGUGCAGUAACCAGUCAGUGGCUAGCCCUGCUUGGAGCCGCAUGCCUGGGGCGUAAGUGCACGUACUGACAGAACUCUGCAUGCUUGUGUGCACUACAUCUGUUCCUGGUACCCACAGAGUGCCCUACCUGUACAAUGUGUGGGCUGGAUAGGUUUAUGCUGCACGCUCAGUUCAGGAAAUGGCGGGUUGCAUGUAUUGCAUGUACAUUGUGUUAUCCAUUCGGUAUGCAGGUCUACUUCAAAAGAUAAGUAUUCUUCAUUUCUCAUGGGUAAGUUACUCUUCACUUCCUACCCUUAAAACGCUGCUGUGUGGUUCUGCUGGCACAGGAUGGCCACUGCAUUGGCCCCAGAGGACACUGCUCCUGCACUGGGUGAGUGAUCCCUGCUUGCACCAUCUUUGGGAUACUUCUGAAUGAAAGGCCCUAUUUGGAGUUCAGGAUAUGCUUACUAUUAAUUUACUGCCUUUUAUUCCAGCUGCAUACAAAUUCAAGAAGAUAAAACUACCUUCUACAUGCUGCGGUUACUGAAUCACGACCUCAGCAAGGAUUUCUGGGGAGAGGGCUUGAGCCCUUCUGUGAUUUCAGCCAGGCUGAUAUUCCAGCACCAACAGAAAGCAUCUUUUAAACAGGCAUACGGUAGCAGGGAUGGGCUGACACCUAGAAAGGCCCAGUAAAACAAACAGGGAUGGGGCACAUUUUCAGGCAGGUUCUCAAACACCACUGAGCUGCACUUGCCUGGGAAGUUCUCUACUGGACAGGAUCUGGGCUAUCUGCACCAUGCAGCACCUGGUGAGCAUCGGCACUGGAACUGUGUGGUCUCUUAGGGUCAUCCCUUCACAGGAUGAGUUGGAGCAGUCCACAGACUGCUUGAACUAAUGCCAAAAUGGGCCCUAACACAUUCUUAGAUACGCAGGGCCCAAAAUGCUUCCCAGCAGAAGUGGGGAUGCAUCCACCUUCCCGGUGCUGCUGGGAAGGCAGAGGAGAGCUCCAGCAUUCUUGGAGCUGCUUAAGGAGUUGGUGAGUACUGGGCUCAUAUAUGUUCCUUGUUUGUUUUACAUGUAGUGGUGCACCAGGGAUUCUGAAAGCAAAGCGUAGCAUCUGCUUAGAAAGCAUGGGAAAAUCUCAAAAAAUAAGGCAGGGAUGGAUGAUACCAAUUUUAAUUGGACUACAGCACUGAUCUGCUUUUAUAUCCCAUCAUAUUAAUUGAAAAAGGGGAUAAAUUGAAAUGGAGAUGUCAGAUGUAGAAGCCUGACCCUGGUUAGCAGAGCUGUGAGCAGCUCAGGCACCUUGGUACCAGCAGCAGACUCAUGCUGCACCAUGUUGGGGUGACUCUUGAGAUGGUGCUGGUGGCAACGGAUGAGCAUCCUGCAUGCUGCUGUUGUGCUUGCCCUCUACAGCAGCUCCAGGGAUCAGUCUGUGUCAGCAUGGAGUUGAUGGUGUUGUCCAUGAUAGUCUGUGUGCUUCUUUAAGUGAUAUCUGUUCAUAGUUUGUAUUUAUUUUGCAUUGAACUAAGUUAUUUUCCUUUAUUGUUUAUGUUUUUAACUCUGUUUUGUACUUAACUUUGUUAAUUUGUGUUGCUUAUUUUAUGUUUGCAGUGUAUCUUCUCAUGAAAAAAAACAAGUCUAAUAAAAGAAUUUUUUUUUAAAUGAUACUAGAAUAAGAUUUCCCCAAGAUGUACUCUAACACUGAGAAUCAAGGAGUACUGGCAGGGCUAGGGCACUGGAAAUCUUCUCCUUUGGUUGGUUGCAGGACACUGCCUGCCCACUCCCAGAGUUGUCAAAGUGCAGUAGCUAGAAGUUACGGAAUUGCGUGGUGCCUGUCAGCAUGUGAAAAAGCUUAAAUUGCAGCUGGUGGGAGAUUUGCUCACCUCCAGCGGUACACAGAGCAGUCCCAGUCCUCUGCUGAGGUCUUACAGAGGGAUGGAGAUGUACUACUCCCCGGGAGAUGGCCUCUCCCCCAGGAAAGCGAUCCUUCUGGUUGGGGAAGGGACAGCACCAGGGAGCAGAAGGGGAUGGAGAGCGAUUAGUGGAGUCAGCUGUAGCAGAGUCCUAAGUGGGUGGGUGAGGAGUGUGGAGUGGAGUGGCAUGACAGUGCUUUGUUUGUGUUGCUGUGGUAAAGAGUUGAGCACCAGAAACAUCCCACACGCUUCCUCAGCCUCACUACUGGGGACAAAUACCACCCGAUGUUAAGGUAAGUGCCUGAUGGGGUGCAUGGGAGUGCUGGCCUGUGCGUGCUGCUGGUGGUGAGCGACUGCAUGUUGUGCAUGUGAGCUGCACUGUGUGCUGGGCACAGCAUGCCACUUGUGUGAAACUACAGGUAUGGGACAAAACUAAACCGUCUACUUACAAAAAAAACACAAUUCACAUCCCCUGCCUUCUCUCUUACUAGGCCAAGUGCUGCCUUUGGUAGAGGAAAGAAAAGAGCAAGGUGGAAAGUGGUGGCUUGUGCAAGAGAUUUGAAAGGAGAUCUGCCUAGUUUUUCUGUCAAUCCCAGAUGGGCUUUUCCCCCUCUUGUUUGCUUUUUGCCUGUGUUAAGUUGCUGAAUUCUGUUUCAUUCAGAUAACUGCUAAUUGCAUUUUAUAUUUUAGUUUUGUAGCUGUUCAGCCAUAGAAAGUGCUGUGUACAUCCAGUAGCCUGUGGGUCGCUUCGGCAGGGUGUGGUAAGAGCCCUGCUAAUCCUGGGGCCAGCUGGUCCCCUCCCAGGCACACAGCCGUGUGGAGGGUGGGCCCCAGAACUUGGAAACCCCCUUCUGGGGGGAAAUUUCAGAAGGUCUAUUAAGAAUUCCCUGACUUUUUCCUUAGGUUACUCCAGAUUGUAAGGUUGCACUCUGUAUGACAGAGUAAAAGAAGAGCUGUAGUGUGCUGAGCUCAAGACGUUGUGCUCUGUCAGCAAAGCUUAGGUGAAACUUCUGGAAGUAAGGCAGGAGCUAUAGAUGUUUUUGUGCACUGGGGAAAGGAGAGCUAGAAAUGUGGGCCAGGAGCUGGCUUCCUGCUAAGCAAAGACAGUGGAAGGAAAAAAAUCAUUUAUCUUGGCUGAGCCUGUUUAAAGAAAAUGUGAGGUCUUUUGUAAUGACCUAAAACUUCAUCUACCUGUCAGUGAUCUCACUAAGAGAAUCCUGACCCAACGCCAGAUCAGACCCAAAAGGACCCUUGAAGUUCUCUGGCAUACUUUGCACCCAGCUAUGCUGUAGCUACCCAAGAUACAGGUAUGUGUCUUACCCCGGCCAUCUGAGGCGAUGUGGGCCAGCCUCGCUUCUCAGCUGGCCACCCCACUGCAGGGGCGCUUCUUUCCAGGGGCGCUGAAGCAUGUCGCACAAGCUGGGGUUUAUGUUGUAUCUGUCUGGUGGAAAGCUAAGUAUAGCAUUCCCAAAUGUGCUGUGUCUCCUUCUGAACCUUGUGCUACAGAAGCAUGGGAAGAUUAAAAAGAAGCAGAAAUAAGAGGGACCAGUUGCUAUAUCUUUGAGAAGAAAAAUCCCAAAUCAUGUGCCCACAAACCAGUAACAUUCAGCCUGCAGGUGCUCACCCCAUUCAGGCCCCAAAAGUGAGGCUGAUCCUUGGGUUAGAACAAAUGUGUGUGUGGCUGGAGACCACUGAGGAACCAAAGCAGUGCAGUAUGUAUUCUAAAGCUCUCUCAGUGUUAAUCCAUGUGUGCUGGCUUCUUUUUCUACCCAUCUUGCUGCUGCUGUGCCAGCCAAGACUGGGCCAGACCCACAGCAUCGAGCCCACUGCAGAGCCAGGAGCUACGUCCACAGUGCCAAAGGAAGCUGUGAGGGAGUGCUGCAACAUCUUGCACUGCCAAACAAGAUGCUGAGGCGGGAGCUGGCGUGUCCCCAGCUGCCUGCCACAGAGAAGAUAACAGAGAAGCUGACUGGCUGCCUUUAUCUAGGGCCAUUAUAAAAACCCAAUGAGUAUUCAUUGGUUUUUUUCCUAAGGAGCUAUCCAAAUACAGGUAUAAAUAUUUUUUUUUUUCCUAAAACCAGCCAUGUUAUGGCUCCAGAAGUUAACAUCUGGAUGUUUACCUUCUUUUCCUUCAAAUUGGGCUUAAGAAUCAGUGCUUCCUCAGCACCCUUUCACUGGUGUUCACAAUAGCAGUGUGUGCUGACCAUGCCUGCAGCUCCUGCAGAGGACUUACCACCCCCUGGGAUUGCACUGGCCCAAGCUCCCCAGGAGUUUGUUCAAAAAUGAGAAUUUGAUUUACAGUGAAAGAAAAUAGGCUUAUCUUAAGCAGCAGCAGUGCCAUACAGCAGCUGGGCCCCAGGAGAGAGCCUACAAAAUGGUGGUGGUGGCACUCCCAUCCCAGGAGGGAUGGUCCAAGCAACAGCACUGUUUGUCACAGCAGAGUGUGGUCAUGUGAUCAGCCCAGCAAAUUGCUUGAUAAAGGCUGCAUGUUUGAGUGGUAACAUCAGGCUUCUGCAGAUAGCUACUGCAUCCAUCUGCUGUAGUCUUGAAUGGGAAGAGAUGAGGAAACAAAGAGGCUGACGGGUCCUUUUUUCUUGGAAUGUUAAUGUGUUAAUCUAGAGAACAGACCCGGAUCUGUUCAAACUGCUCGUAUGAUCCGUGGCAGAGGUUUGGCCCGGACCAAAGGGCACACUUAAGAGUCUGAGAACAGGAGUCACGAACACAGGACUAUUCUCAGUAGGUGAUUUGGAUGUGGCCACCUGGUUUUUAAGAGUAAUUGGGGUGAAUUACCACCCUAAGCUACUGAUUUUCCAUACCUUGUGGGUAUAAACUCCAUGCCAGUUCUGAUUUUCCUUCCCUUUGCGCUCUGAAUUUGUUGCAAGGUGAUCAAACAACUUCUCUAGUUGGAAUUGGCUGGAUGGUCACAUUCAAAGAGUUGCAGUCAACAGUUCAAUAUCUGGGUUGAGACCAGGGACAAGUGUUGUCUGCAGGGGUGGACAAGCAGUGACUGAGGCCAGUUAGCCACAACUCACCUUGCAAAAUCCAGGGGUAAAAUUGCAGGUAACUGAAAAACCCUCACCAACAGUCCCCAUCUCGUGGCAGCUGCUUCACUCACACUGUGGGUCUCCUGUCUGUCUGUUUGUCUGUGCCUUCCUCCAGGGAAAGUCUCUGGCCAGCAAGCGCCUGACGGGCCUGAUGCAGUCCUCCUGACAGUCACCCCACCAGUCUGCCACCUCACCAGGGAGGGCAGGGUGCCAUGGAGGACAGCAGGAGCAGAGAGCAGCUCAGCGAGGGACAGCCCGCCUGUCACCAAUUACAUCAACACUUUAUCUGCACAGCUUCGUAGUGACACCGAGCUCUGCAUGGGGACUUGGAUUCCUGCUUGGGUUUGUAGGAGCACAAGCCACAGUACACAGGAAGCAAGACAAUGGCUUGGUGUGUUGUUAUUUGAGGAAACAGACUUCACCACUGCUUGGAGAAAGAGGAACUGAGAGAGAUCAGUGGUUUUGCUUCACCUCUUCUCUUCCUAGCACAGACACGGCUAUAAAAGAUGCCACUGCAAUCCCAUUUGCUCCUUUUCCUGUGGCCAUCUGGAUCCAAUAAAAUAUCUGCUGGAAGCUGCUGCUCCUUUCCACAAAGUAUCAAAUGCAUCUCUCCUGCAGAUCCAUUGACUUUAGCUUUGUUUUUAAUUUCCUAUGUCUCUCCUCCUUUAAAAUAUCAGGAAAAAAUGGCCCUCACUAAGUUUGUCACUCGCUGUCCUUCCAAUGGCAUGUAGCAUGUCCAAAGACGAUGGUCAGAUCCUCGUCCAAAGGCAGGAGACUUUGAGUGGCUUACAUCACCUGAGGAUCUGCCCCACUGCGUCAGACUGAUCUUGGUGCACAUCCUCCGACAUUGGCGGGGUUGCUCUGCAUGUACGUUUAGUGCAAGACUGCCUGACGUAGUUGUGUUUUAGAUGUAUGACGCACAUAUGCACAAACACACAGACACACACAUGCGGUAUUUAAAAGUGAGCUGUUUUCUAUUGUAUUUGGCUUUCUAUUUAUUUGAGGUUUUGCAUACUUGCUUAAUGAUGGAUGUUCAAGUUUUAUUCCAAGUAGGUAGAACUGAACCACUUAGAGGAAAUUUAGCCCUGAUUACAGUGGGCCAAAAUCUGUUCAUGCGUAUACAGGGGAAAGUAACUCUGCUGUAGGCAUGUGUAAUGGAGAGCAAAAUUCAGUCUGCAGCAAGGAGAGAUCUGAUGGAGAAAGGCUUGUCAGAAGAAGUUUGUGGCUGUGCAGAUGCUUGGGUGCCUGUGUUUCACCUGAUGUAGAGCCCGUGAAUACAAAUGCAAGAGAUGACCCAAUAGCUUGUUUCAGAACGUGGGUAUUACAGAGGUUAGGAUGAAGACGGACCUGGAGUGACUUGGUUAAUGACAAAACUCACAUUACACUAGCUGCAGAUAUGUAAAAUGGAUUGCAUUCACAUACAGUAUACUGCCUAUAUACAAAAUUUUCAAUUUCAAUUGACUUAGUACCACGAAACCUGUAGUUUUUAAGCAGUUCAGAUCUGAAGUGUAUGUGAAAAUAGACACUUGGUCUUCUUCCCUUAUGCCAAGCCAAGCUGGUUUGGUUUUUGUUUUGUUUUGUUUUGUUAUUUGGUUUUUGUUUUGUGUGUGUGUGUGUGUGCAGGUGGUAGAAAUUGCUAUAUGGGUACAUGUCUGCAUUCCUAUCUAGGAAAAAUUAUCUAUCUUGCUAAGUAGACAGCUGGCUACCAACCAUAUUUAUUUCUGUGGCAAAUAUUAUCCUAAUAUCUGAGGCUAAUGUAUGCAUAAAAUCAGGCCAGCAUAGUUUUCACCAGUAAAAGAAUUUUCCCUCUUUACCCAUGAAUUUUCUCAUUUUGAUACCUCAAUUAUUUUUCCCAGACAGCUCUUGAUAUCAAUUUUACAUAAGGUCUAUAGGACUCUACACCUGCAUGACUAUACAGUAGAGUACUGAGUACGGUAUUUGUUGUUUACACUUACUUACCUAGUUCCUAUAAUAGGCCUAUUAACUGGGAUCUUCAGACCAAAUUCCUCCUACAUACGUGGCAAUACAUGGCAAAUGAGAGCUCCAGGACUGCAGAAUCAUCAUGGCUGUGCACGUACAUACAGGUAACAUUUUCCUCUCAUGGAGACAUUCGGGUCUUUGCUGAUUGUCACUAAACCAUCUCAGCAGGACCUGUCCAUUCCAUGCUGACCAUCCAGCCAAAGGCUCCCCUCUGGUAGUAGUAAGUGUUUGUGCAACAGUCCCAGUUGUCCAGCCAUGCACAUUCAAACGUGUCCCCCUGUGCCACCCCUAAGAACGUGCUGUGUGCUGCCUGUAGGUAAUUUGCUGGGUUUGAACAGCCAAGAGCAUGGGGGAACUGCGGACAGUGAGUAUGCAUAUGGGCAUACAUCAGGGGGCCUGGAUGCUGAACAGCUUGCUAUCUAAAUGCACACUGGCACAGCUAAUCUGCUCAGCAGCGGCAAGCCAAGCGGAUGGAGCUACGUAUGCUCUGUAGAGGGGAGAGCUCCCCUCCUAGCUUCCUGCCCAAAUUUCUCUGAGACAAACAUCAUGAGAUCAGAAAGGGUCUCCUCCUGGGAGCACAUACAAAUGGCUGUUCAUGUGUCUUCACAUAUGACAAUGCUAAUGUGUAAGUAUUUCCAUGCAACCUGCAUCCUUGAAUUACUGCUGUUUAAUGACAUCACUUAUUGCAAGUGAUGCUUCUCUUGCGCACUCGCCAGUGAGCACCACCCACUGAGUGCUGCAAGCAGUAAUCUGCUGCUUUAUAAGCAUCCAUGUCUUCCAGCUACCUCAUCGCCCAGAAGAUGAGUUAGGAAAUCAGUUUUUCACCUCUCCUUAUGUUCUCAAUGGCAUUGUUUCAAUGAAAAGCAGGCUUGGAAAGCUUUUACAAUCUCCAUGCUGUGAGAGCUAGCCACCAGGCAUCCCAUACCUGCAGGGCUAUAGCUGUGAAAUACAGCUGUACAUUAUUAUUUGGAUAAUGGAAUAUCCAAAGCAUUAAUGAUCAUCAUAGUGGGCCAGCACCAGGACAAGCACGAGGAGGUUUUGACAGGUCAGUGCAAUGUUAGGCUAAGGCAAAUGGAUUAAUACAUUCUAUGUAUGUAUAACUCAGUGCUAAAAUCCCAUAGAGUACUGUAAUAAAAUGGUAGCAGGGCAUAAAAAGCCACAGUAAGCUGACAUAAUAAUACCAGGAUAAAUGUAGCAAUAAGGUAACACAGGCCACUGCAGUAAAGUAGCAUUUUGGUAAUGCAGCAAUAAGACACAACAGGACGCUGCAGUAAACUAGUUUGGGGAGUAAGGCAGUAGUGAUGGCAUGUGUGGGCAGUCUGGUGUAUUUGUGUCAGGUACUGCAGCAAUAAAGCCAACACAAGGUGUGCAAGUAAUAAGUUACUACAGUAACAGCAACACAAUGCACUGUACAGCUAUAUCAGGAAGCUUCCAUGCUGCAGGCAAGUCCUACAAGACAUGGUAAUGAGACAAGGCAACAUGUGCCCCAUUUCUAUAAAAAAUGGGUCUUUUCUCUGCAUAGUAACUAAGGUCCUGGAAUCGUCUCAUCAACACCAAUACCAUCCACUCCUGCUUUCAAGAAAGCUGAGGUGAGAGCAUUCCCCCAUUCAAACUCUUAUAUUGGUCUGGAAAUAAUGACUUGACUUGUCUUUUUGGCCAAAUUUGCACAGAUGGUGGGGUUCUUCAGUCACUCCUCAUUCAGGUGACACUGGCAAUUCAUUGGUCCUUUGCCUUGGGAAGGCUUUGGCUCUGUCAACUUCUGGAAUGGGUGGUGCUUUCAGACUACAGCUAUUUCUGUUCUGGGGGGAGAUGGGAAACUAGGUACAGGACAUCUGACUGUACUGUCCUGUUUCCUGAAAUGCACAAAUAAAUUGAGCAUCCUGGAAAAGUCAAA